CGGAAGCACUUCAUUGGUCCGCGAGGCCAAGCGCAACCAGAGCUACACGGCAAGAUGGCUCACAGGCUGCUAGUGCGUAGAAUUUGGACACUUCCGGCAAAAGAGAUCCGCUGCCUCCCAGCAUCCACGGCCACCAUCACCUCCUCUUCCUUUUCCACCUCCCUGCAGUCCGCCACGACCCGGGUGUCUUUCCUCUCCCCCUCACGCACUCUGCCUCGCGUCCUUCCUCACACUUCCCGCCGUGAAGUUUCCUUCAAUGUUCAGGACCACGAAGAUUUCACAGAGAGGGUCAUCAACAGUGAACUGCCCGUUCUAAUCGACUUCCAUGCACAGUGGUGUGGUCCCUGCAAGAUCCUUGGGCCAAGGUUGGAGAAGGCUGUAGCCAAACAGAAAGGCCGUGUUGCCAUGGCAAAAGUUGACAUAGACGAUCACACAGACCUGGCUAUCGAAUAUGGGGUAUCAGCUGUUCCCACAGUAAUCGCCAUGCGAGGAGGCGACGUCGUUGACCAUUUUGUGGGCAUCAAAGACGAUGAUGAGCUGGACUCAUUUGUCAGCAAGAUCAUUGGACAAUAAACCAACUGUCCCAUCCCCGCCGUUCACCACUAUUAUGGUGCCGUGUUUUUUAAUGAUUCCGGCAUGGUCGGCCGCAGUCAGCUGCCAUUAUGAGCCUGUUAAACAACAACCAACGCAUAAAGAAAUCCAUGCC